AUGGUCCGAGAGGGAGAGGGGCUCUAUGCCCGGAGACUUCGCACCUAUAUGAAGACAGACACCAUGGGAGGUGUCAAUGGCUUGUAUGACUCAAGUUGGUGGAGGGCUCUUCUCAUGAAGAAGCCACCCUGCUCAGGCCACUGGCGCCCAGCCUGCAAGGGCCAGGUUCUCCCAUACCUGCUGUUCCCACAGACCCCCUUCAGGCUCACUCUGAGACUCUGGGACGUGUUCCUGUUAGGAGGUCUGCAGGCACUGACUGCUAAAUCCAUUGUGACAUUCAAGAUCCACAAAACUGGACCCAGGGGUGGCCACAGAAGUACAGUGGGAGAAGCCCAGAAAGGCACUGACCCUCUCAGAAUCACCAGGCCUGAUGCUACCCCAUCCCUGGGGCACCUCCUGCAGCUGUCCUUGAUCGACCUGAGGGAGUUUUUUGGGGACAAGCUAACCCGAGCCUGGGCCUGGGAUGAUGACUCAGUGCUGAGGCAGCUCCAUGCCUCCAUGAAAGAAAAGAAAAGAAAGCCCUGGAGCCUGUCGCCACCAGCUACACCUGAGCGUGCACCCCCAGAACCAAGGCUUCUGCAGACCGCCCACAAUAGGGGGGAUGGACUGAUCUUCCCAGCCAACGAGCCCAGCCCCAGUAGCCCACCAGGGACUAAGUCAGUGUCCCCUAAGGAGUCCGAACAACUGCAAAAGCUCUUCAUCAGAGGGCUGAACUUCGGAUCGAUGAGUCUGAGGAGCCAUUUUGAGCAAUGCAGAAAGCUCACAGACUGUGUGGUAAUGAGAGAUUCAAACACCAAGUGCUCCAGGGGCUUUGAGUUUGUCACAUAUGCCACUGUGAAGGAGACAUAUGCAGCCAUGAAUGCAAAGCCACACAAGGUGGAUGGAAGAGUUGUGGAACCAAAGAGAGCUGUCUCACUAGAGGAAUCUCAAAGACCAGGUGCCCACUUAACUGUGAAAAAGACAUUUGUUGGUGGCCUUAAAGAAGACACUGAAGAACAUCACCUAAGAGAUUAUUUUGAGCAAUAUGGGAAAAUUGAAAUGAUUGAAAUGAUGACUGAUCGAGGCAGUGUCAAGAAGGGCUUUGCCUUCUUAACCUUUGGCAACCAUGACUUCAUGGAUAAAAUUGUCUUUCAGAAAUACCGUACUGUGAAUGGCCACAACUGUGAAGUAAGAAAAGCCAUGUCAAAACAAGAGAUGGCUAGUGCUUCAUUCAGCCAAAGAGGUCAGAGUGGUUCUGAAAACUUUGGUGGUGGUCCUGGUGGUGGUUUUAGUGGGAAUGACAACUUUGGUCACGGAGGAAACUUCAGUGUUCAUGGUGGCUUUGGAGACAGCAGGUGGUGGUGGAUAGGUGGCAGUGGUGAUGGCAAUAAUGGAUUUGGUAAUGAUGGAAGCAAUUUUAGACGUGGUGAAAGCUAUAAUCAUUUGGGCUAUUAUAACUAUCAGUCUUCAAAUUUUGGACCCAUGAAGGGGGGAGACUUUAGAAGCAGAAGCUCUGGUCUCUAUGAUAGUGGAGGAGAAUACUUUGCCAAAGCACAAAACCAAGGUGGCUGUGGUGAUUCCAAUGGCAGCAGUAGCUAUGCCAGUGGCCGAAGAUUUUAA